AUGGGUGCACUUGUUCUUCUUCUGCUUGGUUUAGCCAGUCAGCAAUGUCUUGGAAUAACCUUAAACUGCUCAACCCUUUAUAACCGAUAUCCAGUGGACAGUGAUAUUAUGGUAAAUUGUGGUCCAUCAACAAUUGUCUUGACCAUCAAUGCAUGUCCAGUUCAAUUUGCUGAGUUUGACCCUACUACCUUGGCUCUCAAUGGAAAGCAAGGCACAAAUGAUUGCAUUGGAGCCCUGGAUACUACAGUUGAUCCCCCAGUCGUAACAUUUGUCUUCCCAAUAAAUGACACAACAGGAAAUCCAUGUGGGAACAGCAUUAUGAUUGAGGAUAGUGCAGGAUCUGGAAUAUUCCAAUCCUUCUCGCAAGUCCAAACAGUAGUCAUCUCGGGUUAUGUGAACUCCCCGAAUAUAACCGAAUCUUCAUUAAUUUCCUAUACUACAAACUUAAAUUACAAUUUCUCCUGCCAUUACCCACUACAGUACAUGCUCAACAACACUCAAAUUUUGACGUCAUCAGCAACUGUUGCUAUCAACACAAAUAAUGGAAGCUUCAUCAGCACCUUGAGUAUGCAGUUAUUCACUGAUGCCAAUUUGUCCAUUCCCCUGCAAUCGAAUGGUACCGCUCUUCCACUGAAAAAGAAUGUUUAUGUUCAAGUGACAGCUACUAACCUCACUGCCAACUUUAAUGUUCAUCUGGAUGAAUGCUUUGCUACCCCAUCACCCCUGGUGACAACUGAAUCUGGAAGCAAGUUCUCUCUGUUAUCAGGGUGUGAUGUUACGAAUAAGACUACACUACUGUCCAAUGGUCUUGGAAAAUCAGCUCAGUUUGCAUUUGAGACCUUCCGUUUCUUGCAACACAGUAGUCAAACAACUUCUACCAUCUUCCUCCACUGUGCCGUAAGACUUUGUCAGCCCCAAACUUGUAUACUGCUGCAACAGGCAUGUAACAGUGGGCUUACUACACCCGCAAUAGCAAGGAGGAGGAGAGCAGUGGAUGCAGGAGCUACUGAAGGAACUACAGAAAGUGUUACAGUGUCUUCUGGACCUAUAUAUACCAGAGAAGGAGGUAGGAUAUGUGUAGAUGCAUCUCCCGCACACAGCGUUCGGAGUGUAUCUGAAGUAAAUCAGCUUCAAGGGACAUUAAUAGGACUCAUUGUUGGAAUCAUCAUUGCCGCUCUGUUGGGGGUUGCCCUUGCUAUUAUCAGUGUGAUUGUCUAUAAAAUGUACCGAUUCCGGAACCAUAAUGAAAAGAAUGGUGUGGACAACUUCACCUUCACUGGGAAAUAAGCACUUUUUGUACUGACAUGCUGCAGAGCUCUUUAUUCACUUUAAUUGAUACAAUGAAUUUCUAUAAUAUAUAAAUUUAGAUGCACUACAUCCACACUUUUCAUCUGGUGUGGAACUUGUAGUCUUCUGCAGGCAUCCCCCAUUGUAUGCAUUUUAUGCUGGGGAUUGCCCUUAGCAACAGACCACAAGUGCAGGAUCU